UACUAAUCACAUUAGCAAUAGUUAGCUAUCUUACAUAAGUCUGUAAAUGUGAUGAUGCAUAGAAUGCUUUAUAUAUUUUUUAUGGUGAAAAUUAGCUUCCCCUUAACUUGAGACUCGCAUGCCUAUGAGCAAGACAGUUAGGCCUAAACACUCUGUUUUCCUUUGCUAAUGUUUCCCCCGUCCGUCCGUCCGUCCGUCGGCUGUCAGUUAUGUCGAUGACUGUGUACAUACGGCACGCCAAUCACCAACACCGGAAGUCCCAUGACCGUCACAGCCCUAGUUGUAUGCUUGAGUUUGUUCAAGAGAGGCUUUGAUGCCAGAUUUUUGCAGAUUUUGCUUUAGUUUUCCUCAGCCUGUGUUUUGUUUCUCUCUCCUUUUCCUGUUAGAUGGUGAGGCUGCUUCUCUCCAGAGGAGCCAACAUUAAUGCUUUUGACAAGAAGGACCGCCGAGCAAUCCACUGGGCUGCUUACAUGGUGCACAUUGAGGAGGUGAAACUGCUGGCCUCUCAUGGAUCAGAGGUGUCCUGUAAAGACAAGAAGGCCUACACCCCUCUCCACUCUGCAGCCUUCAGCGGCAUGAUCAGCACGGUCAAGCAACUCCUGGACCUUGGGGUGGAUGUGAAUCAAUGCAUACAUACACCUCCCCGCAUUCAACUGUGUAGUCCCUGUUCAAUUACAACGCCACGAAAAGACAGAGCUCUAGUGUGUUGGAGAAUGAUUUCCUUUCAAGUAAUGAAGAUAUGGAGGUUGGGCCAGGGGUUUGGGACCAGGGGGUUGGGACCAGUGUGUUGUGGCCAGGGAUUUUUCAUAAGAAAGUAAUGAAGAGAGGUUGGGCCAGUGCGUUGGGGCCAGGGGGUUUUCAUAACCAAGUAAUGAAGAGAUGGAGAUUGGAUCCAGAGGGUUGGAGACAGGAGGUUGGAGCCAGUGGGUUGGGACCCAGUGUGUCGGGACCCAGUGUGUCAAGUUUGCUGACGACACGAAGGCGAUGAGAGGUCAGAGACUUGGCAUUGUGGUGCCA